GGCAGCAGCAAAGCAGUAAAGAAAACAACUUUGAGCAGAAAGAGACUGUGACAGAGAGAGAGAGAAAGUUAGAGAGAGAGAGAGAAAAUUGGUGCCUGCAAAAGGGGCCUGGGGAAGAACCACUGAAAGCAGUAUAUACGGAUAUACUUACACAUAUAGAUACAGCGUAUGUAUGUAUGUAUAUGUGUGUGUGAGUGUCUGGAAGGUGUAGUGUGAGAAAGGGGGCAAUUAAAGGCAAUACUGCAGCAUUUGGUCUCUGCUACCCUCAACAUCCCCUCCUUUUCCCAACCUCGCCUUGUCUCCUUCCCCUUUCUCUCUCUAUCUCCUCGCCGGAGAAUCAAUCUCCACCGGCGCCGCCUCACCGGAAAAGGUUUCUGUUACUGAUCUCUGAAGAUUUGUUGAGCCUCGCGAUGAGAGUUCGUCGCCGACAGGCGGUUGCGGUUGCGGUUUUGGAUUUGGUUUUGGUUUACUAAUUGAAGGAAGGAGGAGCUACCGAAGGCGGCGGAGGAUUUGUGAGGUGCAGAAGAUGAAGAUGCCGACCGGAGCUUCGCCGGCGACGGCGUCGGCAGCGGAAGGCGAUCAGAAGAAGAGCAUAAAUGAGGAGCUAUGGCAGGCCUGCGCGGGUCCGCUGGUGAACCUGCCUGCGGCGGGGACUCACGUCGUCUACUUUCCGCAAGGACACAGUGAGCAGGUUGCUGCGUCGAUGAAAAAGGAUAUGGAUGCUCAAAUACCGAACUACCCGAAUCUUCCUUCCAAAAUUCUGUGCAUCCUCCAUAGUGUCACUCUGCAUGCUGAUCCCGAGACGGAUGAAGUAUACGCUCAGAUGACGCUCCAGCCAGUGCCUUCGUUUGACAAGGAUGCACUGUUGAGAUCAGAUCUAUCAAUGAAGGUGAACAAGCCUCAAACCGAGUUUUUCUGCAAAACCCUGACGGCGAGUGAUACGAGCACUCACGGGGGCUUCUCUGUGCCGCGUCGUGCAGCAGAGAAAAUAUUCCCGCCUUUGAUGUUUCAGGACUUCACCAUGCAACCACCUGCCCAAGAACUCGUAGCUCGGGAUUUGCACGACAAUGUGUGGACUUUUCGCCAUAUUUACCGAGGACAACCUAAGCGUCACUUGCUCACGACCGGGUGGAGCCUCUUUGUCAGUGGCAAGCGUUUGGUUGCCGGCGAUUCAGUCUUGUUCAUCAGGGAUGAAAAGCAACAGUUGCUUUUGGGCAUCAGGCGGGCAAACAGGCAGCCGUCCAAUCUGUCGUCAUCGGUCCUGUCAAGCGACAGCAUGCACAUCGGAAUUCUUGCCGCAGCUGCGCAUGCUGCCGCAAACAACAGCCCUUUCACCGUGUUCUACAAUCCAAGGGCUAGCCCGUCGGAAUUCGUCAUCCCGCUAGCAAAGUACUACAAAGCCGCCUGCAGAAACCAAAUAUCUCUCGGCAUGCGCUUCCGGAUGAUGUUUGAAACUGAAGAAUCCGGCACAAGAAGAUACAUGGGGACGAUCACUGGCAUCACAGACCUGGAUCCGAUCCGAUGGAAGAACUCGCAGUGGCGGAACUUGCAGGUCGGUUGGGACGAGUCCGCUGCCGGUGAAAGGCGCAACCGCGUGUCGAUCUGGGAGAUAGAACCUGUAACAGCUCCAUUUUUCAUCUGCCCCUCGCAGCCUUUCUUCCGCGCGAAGCGCCCUCGGCAACCUGGAAUGCCAGAUGAUGAAUCUUCUGAUCUGGACAACCUGUACAGGUGGACAAUGCCAUGGCUCGGCGACGAGUUCGGCAUAAAAGAUCCCCAAUCAAUGCCGGGCAUGAGCCUCGUCCAGUGGUCGAACAUGCAGCAGAACUCCAUGCCAAUGCAGCCGAAUUAUAUCAACCCGUUGCCUGGUUCGGUUCUUCAGAAUCUCACAGGGACAGAUAUCUCGCGACAGCUAGCGCUCCCCGGAGCUCAGAUCUCGCAGCAAAACAGCGUACAGUUCAACGCGCAGAGGCCGGUUCUUCCGGCACAACAGAUGGAUCAGCUUCCGAAGCUGCCUACCUCCACCGUCAACCCUCUAGGGUCGAUGAUCCAGCCGCAGCAACAGAUGGUAGACAUUUCCCAACCUCCGAGACAAAAUAUGGUCGGCCAGACAUUGCCGACAAGCCAAGCUCCGCCUCAGAUUCUGCCGCAGCCGCAGACUCUUUUAAACCAUCAGCUUCAGAGAAAUCUUUCUCAGCCGCUGCAGCAGCAGCAGGCGAAUGUAAUGUCGGCGCAGUCGCUGGAUCAUUUAAGUCAGCAGCUACAUAUGACGGAUAAUCAGAUUCAGCUUCAACUUCUUCAGAAGCUUCAUCGGCAACAACAGUCUCUCUUGGCGCAACAGAACGGUAUGAUGCAUCAUCAGCCUCCGAUUCAGUCCCAAGAUCCGCAGAAGCAGCUUCUAGAGAAUCCGCCGUGUUUUUCCAGGCUGCCACCGGCAACAAGCCAACCGCCAGACACCUCCCAAGCCAUGUCGAGUCCGCAUAUUGCGAGCCAGCAGAUGAUGACGGGACAUAUUCACCGGUUCGCCCAACCACCACCUCCGCAACCGAAACUCGAGCAUCAUCAGUCGCUGCAGCAACAACCUGGAAUGCUCUCGGAAUUGCCCGGACAUGUCGGGAGCUCGUUGAAUCCGGGGAACAAUCAUCUUACCAACAGUAUGUUGAAUGGAGCUGCCAGAGGACAGUCUGCGGUUACAGACGAAGUCCCGUCGUGUUCUACAUCACCUUCGACGAACAAUUGUCCGAAUGCAGCUCAGCCGAUGCUGACCGGUAGACAGAGCCGUCCUUCGACGUUGAACGAUGACAUUGCUCAGUCUUCGGUCACUUUGCUGAAUCCGACGAAACUGGAGCCGUCGUCUGGUAACGGGAACUUGCUUAAGGAUGUCUCGCAGAAAUCCGAGGUCAAGCCAUCGAUGAACGUAUUGAAGAAUCAGAACCAAGGAUUUUUCGCGUCGCAAGCGUACCUCGGCGGCGCGGUGGGAGGUCAGGUAGACUAUUUGGACAGUUCAUCGUCGGUGACGUCGGUCGUUUCUCAGAAUGACGGGCAGAUGCCGCCGCCGCCGAACAACAACCACUCCUUGUCGUUCAAUUCUCAGAUGAUGCUGUUUAGGGACGCCGGCCAAGACGGGGAAGCCCACGUCGUCGACACAAGGAAUAGCCUUCCGUAUGAGGCGAACAUUGACGCACAGCUAGAGAUGCCGAUGAUGCCCGAUGCGCUGAUCACUAAAGACACGGUGGGAUCUAGCCGAGACUUAAUAAAUAACAUCUCGGCCGGCGAUGGCAUGCUUUCGGCGUACGAUAAUCCUAAGGAACCCCAACCGGAGCUCUCAUCGUCGAUGGUUUCGCAGUCGUUUGGAGUUCCUGAUAUGGCGUUCAACUCCAUCGAUUCUGGGAUAAAUGACGGCGGUUUCAUGAAUAGAAGCGCUUGGGCUCCCCCGCCUCAGAUUCCGAGGAUGCGAACUUACACAAAGGUUUACAAGCGUGGCGCUGUAGGAAGAUCAAUCGACAUCACGCGUUACGCAGGCUACGAUGAGCUAAAACAAGAUUUGGCGCGAAGAUUCGGGAUAGAGGGUCAGCUUGAAGACAGACAAAGAAUCGGAUGGAAGCUGGUGUACGUAGACCAUGAAAAUGACGUCUUGCUAGUCGGCGAUGAUCCUUGGGAGGAGUUCGUGAACUGCGUCCGAUGCAUCAAAAUCCUCUCGCCGCAAGAGGUCCAGCAAAUGAGCUUAGAUGGAGAUUUCGGAAACAACGUUCUUCUGAAUCAGGCGUGCAGCAGCUCCGACAACGGCCUGAAUUAGACUCGUCGGUAGGAACGUCUUCCUUAGAACGAACUACUCGUAAAUUCGGUUCGGCAGAAAAAAAGGUUAAUUCUUUGCAGGGAUUGUUAGGCAAACCCUUUUGAGAGAGAAGGUAGAUGGAUAAUACUUGUUUGGUUGUUAGUUUAGCUUAUGUAAAGGGUAUGAAUGAAUCAAUGAAUUAAUGUCUCUGUCUUUCUUCUU